CCCUUCGCCUCUCUGCCUCUUCCGUUCUCACCUAAUCUCUCUCUCUCUCUCUCUCUCUCUCUCUCCAGUGUGCGUGGCCCGUCUGCUUCCGAUCCGAUCGAGGUGAUCCUUCUCGAAUUGGCUCUUCCUGUUCGUUCUCCGGUUAUUUUGAUUCCAUAAAGAUGGACUCUUUCUUCAAAAGCGAGGAUUGUUUACCUUCUCAGAUGGACAUCCUGAAAUGUCCCUUUUUGAGGAACAUUAAUGAACCUACUAACUUCUCUUUGGCCUCUGCGAUGCCUUCUGCGAUGCCUUUUGCGAUGCCAGUACGUGGAGCCAAAGGUCCGAUUUUUGAAGAUGGGCCCAAUUUUGACAUGGCAUUCAGGCUUUUUCAUGGUCGUGACGGAGUAGUCCCGCUCUCUGGAAGGUCAUUCUCACACUUGGAGAAACUAGAGACAAAGCCUGCGCCACCGCAGUUUAACCCGUUGGCUGCAAAGGCAGCAACAAUCAGUCUCUCUUCCUUUGGACCUGGAGGGCCAUUCAGCUUUGAUGCCUUCUCUGAGAAAUGGAAGAAUCAGAAAAAGAAGUCCAAUUCAUCCAAGAAAGACUCUUCCUCACAGGAAAAUUCAAAGCACGAGGCCAUGGGCAAUGACUGGCUGCAAACAGGGAAUUGUCCAAUCGCAAAGUCAUACCAAGCUGUUAGCAACGUCCUUCCCCUCGUGGCAAAAGUUCUACAGCCUCCCCCAGGCAUGAAAUUUAGGUGUCCUCCGGCAAUUGUCGCUGCCCGAGCAGCUAUAGCAAGAACUGCUCUCGCAAAGAACCUCCGACCCCAACCUUUACCUGCAAAAAUCCUUGCGAUCGGGCUCCUAGGCAUGGCAGCUAAUGUUCCGCUUGGGAUAUGGAGAGAACACACAACGAAGUUCUCACCUUCAUGGUUUGCUGCCGUCCACGCUGCUGUUCCAUUUAUAGCGAUGCUCAGGAAAUCCAUACUGAUGCCAAAAUCAGCCAUGGCCUUCACCAUUGCAGCUUCUGUGCUGGGACAGGUGAUCGGCUCUAGGGCAGAGCGUUACCGGCUGAAGGCGGUGGCUGCUAAGAAACCAAGCAUAGCGGACAAUUCCAUAGGCGUAUCGAGUCCAUUACAAUUGGUUGAGGUGAAGACCGGGCACUGCAGCAGUGCCGUCGAGUGGGACCGAGUCACUCUUCAGGUGGCGGGGCCUUCUGCUUCAGCCGAUGUGUUCUGUUGAUUUAUGGGCCGUGGGUGUCCCGUUUCGUCGAAUCCUUGAUUUGUAAGGUGAUAUUCUUUGUGUUUUGAUCUGAACCCUGCUGUGGCUCUCCUUCUGAUCUUGUUUUCUUUAUCUGAUCGGCUGUUCAUGCAAUAAAAA